AUGAGCAAUAAGACUACUGUCACUGAGUCUGCUACUGAUAAGCAGACACUAAGUCAAACUGAACAACAUUAUUUCAAUUCUUAUGAUCACUAUGGUAUUCAUGAGGAAAUGUUGCAAGACACAGUCCGUACAUUAUCUUAUAGAAACGCUAUAAUGCAAAACAAAGACCUGUUUAAGGAUAAAAUUGUUUUGGAUGUUGGUUGUGGUACUGGUAUUUUGUCUAUGUUUGCUGCCAAGAACGGUGCCAAACAUGUUAUUGGUGUUGAUAUGUCUUCUAUCAUCGAAAUGGCCAACAAGUUGGUCAAAUUGAAUGGAUUCGAAGAUAAGAUUACAUUAUUGCGUGGUAAAUUAGAAGAUAUCGAAUUACCAUUUCCAAAAGUCGAUAUUAUUAUAUCUGAAUGGAUGGGUUAUUUCUUAUUAUACGAGUCCAUGAUGGAUACUGUUUUAUAUGCAAGAGAUAAAUAUUUGGUCGAAGGUGGGUUGAUCUUCCCAGACAAAUGUUCGAUCCAUAUUGCAGGUUUGGAAGAUUCUCAAUAUAAAUCCGAAAAGAUAAAUUAUUGGGAAGAUGUCUAUGGGUUUGAUUACACACCAUUUAUUCCAUUGAUCAUGAGGGAACCAAUCGUUGAUAUAGUUGAAAACGUCAACGUUAAUACCACACGUAGUCAAUUGAUCGAAUUUGAUUUAAACACUGUUAAACUAUCUGAUUUGGAUUUCAAAGCUAGUUUCACAAUUCAAGCCAAGAGAGAAGAUUGGAUUAAUGGGUUAAUCUCGUGGUUUGAUAUCGAAUUCCCAUCACCAGAAGGUAAGAAACCAAUUACAUUCUCCACAGGACCUCAUGCACCAUACACACACUGGAAACAAACCGUGUUUUACUUGAAGGAUGAUUUGGAAUGUGAAAAGGGUGAUAUUUUGGAAGGUCAUUUGACAUGUUCACCAAACAAAAUGAAUAACAGAGACUUGGAUAUCUAUCUUGACUACGAAUUCAUUGCUAAAGGUGUCGAUAGUGAACGUAGAUCAAAGAAAAAUAAAAAUCAAUACAUUAUGCAUUGA